UCACACCUCUCCCAACAUGCACCUCACCCACCGUCAGACCUGCUGGGACCUUAAUUUGGGCCUGAGGACUGAGCGGGGAGACCAUGCAGACAGGCUGGACCCAAAAAUGGACCAGAGGUGUUGAGACGUCCCAGACGUGUUUGAGAGCUGAGACACCUCGUGCCAUCCUCAUCACAAACUGCCAAACAUCCGUCUGUUUCUGCGUUUUCAGUGACAACUUUUGAUAUUGGGAGCACCUCAGCCGUCUCCUGGACUCACUGCUUCAGCUGAAAACUUGAAAACUCAGUGAUCAACUUUAUGGUUUGCUGCCUCUGUCGUCUCCCUGCAGAGUGAGGAGAGGAUGAAACCCCAGACGCUCCUCAGGAUUGUUUUAUUUAACCGCCUGACUCAAGGAUAACCGUCGACCCCCCCUGAAAGAGGUACUCCAGGACAUCAGACUCAGUCUCACAGAGGCCCCCUUUGGCUUAAGGCAGGAUGGGGGACGGGAGCUGGGUCUGCUUGAGCCCGGCUGAGUUCGGACAGCUGCAGAAGUACAGCGAGUACUCCACCAAGAAGCUGAAGGAUGUGCUGGAGGAGUUUCACGGAGAAGGAGUCCUCUCCAAGUAUAACCCUGAGCAGCCCAUCGACUACGAAGGCUUCCAGCUCUUCAUGGCCACGUACCUGGAGAACGACAUCCCUGAGGAGCUGUGUCAGCACCUCUUCACCUCCUUCAAGAGCAAGACGGGAGGAUGCUCGCCCGAGCCGCCGCGAGCAGGAACCAGCUUACUGGGCAUGAACGGGAAGAGCAUCCUGUCUGCGAUGGGUCGACACACCCCGGAGCACUCCAGCGUGAUGAGCGCCGCCGGCUCAGGAGCCACCACCUCCCCGUGUUCGUCCCGCUCCUCCUCGCAGCGCUCAGGGACGGGCGCUCACACUCCAGGGGGGCCGCACCGAUCACCCGGCUCCCACCAAGUCAAACCCUCAGAGGGCUGCAGCAACUCCCUGACCCCCAACGCUGGACCUGCAAGGUCACCUGCGUCCCCGAAGCUUUCACCAGAGAGGAGCCACUCUGAGAAGCACUUGUCGCUGCGCAGGAGCCCGUCGCCCCAGAAGGGCUCCCCCCUGCCGUCGCCCCAGGUGGUCUUUCUGAAGGACAUCGUCUGCUACCUGUCGCUGCUGGAGAGGGGGACGCCGGAGGACAAGCUGGAGUUCAUGUUCCGGCUCUACGACACGGACGGCAACGGGGUCCUGGACAGCUCGGAGCUGGAUCGCAUCAUCAACCAGAUGGUGCAUGUGGCCGAGUAUCUGGAGUGGGAUUCAACAGAACUCAGACCGAUUCUGAAGGAGAUGAUGGAGGAGAUCGACUUUGACAAAGACGGGACGGUGACUCUGGAGGAGUGGAUCAGAGGAGGCCUCACCACCAUCCCUUUACUGGUCCUGCUGGGCAUGGACACGAACGUGCAGGAGGACGGGCAGCAUGUCUGGCGUCUGAAGCACUUCAACAAGCCAGCGUACUGUAACUACUGCCACACCAUGCUGCUCGGAGUCCGCAAGCAGGGCCUCUGCUGCUCCACAUGCAAGUACACGGUGCACGAGCGCUGCGUUUCCAAAGACAUCGCGGCCUGCAUCAGCACCUACGCCAAGUCACGCAGGCACACAAAUGCUAUGCAGCACAUCUGGAUGGAGGGAAACUCUCCUACGAAGUGCGACCGCUGUCACAGAAGCAUCAAGUGUUAUCAGGGCCUGACCGGGCUGCACUGUGUGUGGUGUCAGAUCACACUCCACAACAAAUGUGCAUCCAACGUGAAGCCCGAGUGUGACGGAGGAGCCCUGAGGGACCACACUCUGCUGCCCUCGUACAUCUGCCCCGUGGUCCUGGACCGUCAUUCUGUGAAGCGAGGAGAGGGCGAGUCUCCUCCCAGCACCAGCCCCGACGACAUCAACCAGACCUUUAAGUUCUCACCUGGAGACGGACAAGCGCUGCAGAUCACUCCUCUACCGGGCUCUCACCCGCUGCUGGUGCUGGUCAACCCCAAGAGUGGAGGCCGACAGGGGGAGAGGGUGCUGAGGAAGUUCAGGUACCUGCUGAACCCCAGGCAGGUGUACAGUUUGGAUCAAGGCGGGCCGAUGGUGGGGCUCAACUUCUUCCAUGAUGUCCCUAAUUUCCGGGUGCUGGCGUGUGGAGGUGACGGCACUGUGGGCUGGAUCCUCGACUGUAUAGAUAAAGCCAACUUUGCCAAACAUCCUCCGGUGGCCAUCCUCCCUCUGGGCACAGGGAACGACCUCGCACGCUGCUUACGCUGGGGAGGAGGUUACGAAGGCGGCAGUCUGCUGAAGUUCCUGCGGGACAUCGAGCACAGCACCGAGGUGGUGUUGGACCGCUGGAACAUCGACAUCGUCCCCGACGACAAAGAGGAGAAAGGAGACCCCGUCCCCUACAGCAUCGUCAACAACUACUUCUCCAUCGGCGUGGACGCCUCCAUCGCUCAUCGUUUCCACCUGAUGAGAGAAAAGCACCCGGAGAAGUUCAACAGCAGGAUGAAGAACAAGCUGUGGUACUUUGAGUUCGGCACCACGGAGACCAUAUCGGCCACCUGCAAGAAGCUCAACGAGUGCAUCGAGGUGGAGUGCGACGGCAUCAUCCUCGACCUCAGCAACACUUCCUUAGAGGGCAUCGCCGUCCUGAACAUUCCCAGCAUGCACGGCGGCUCCAACCUGUGGGGCGAGUCGAAGAAGAGGAGGAACUACAACCGCAUGAGCAAGAAGGUUCCUUACAUGGUGCCGUCCAGCACCGUCACCGACGCUAAGGAGCUGAAGUUCUGCGUGCAAGACCUCAGUGACCAGCUGCUGGAGGUGGUCGGCCUUGAAGGUGCAAUAGAAAUGGGUCAGAUCUACACUGGACUGAAGAGCGCCGGGCGCAGACUGGCUCAGUGUGCCAACGUCACCAUCAGGACGUCCCGGCGGCUGCCCAUGCAGAUUGACGGCGAGCCCUGGAUGCAACCCCCCUGCACGGUCAGGAUCACACACAAGAACCAGGUCCCCAUUUUACUGGGCCCGCCGCAGAAGACCCCGUUCUUCUUCUUCAAGAGACGCAACCGGAGCCGGGACUAGGACACACGCAUGCACACACAACACCACACACAUAAACAGUUCACACACACACACACACACGCCACACACUGUACAGGCAGCUCCAUCAAACAAUGGUACGUGUUCCCUGGGGGGGAGAGUGGACGUGGGAAGGGGACUUACACGUGGAACAUUCCUACAAUCAGGACGCCUAAAGACAGUUACCCCCGAAGGAUGGCACCCCAAAUUAAGAGUCUUUAAACCCAGAGAACCAUCAUCCUCCCGCCCUGCCAUGGACUUAGUCUCUGCCACCCCACAACCGCCAAGUCUCUCAGUCCAAGCCGCACCCUGCCCGAAAAACUCAGCCAUACGCCAGUACUGCACUGCCCGCUAAAUCCAACCGAGCUGCUGGGAUUCCCUCGCAGCCCUUCAAUGAAGAGGGAGUCACAGCGAGGGGUGAAUGGGGGGAGCUGCUGAACAAGUAGGCUGAAUGAAGAAUGAGAACGAGCUCCCACACACGACAGAGAGAAGGAGAGUGGCGCUGAUCGCGGUUGUUUACAAGAGUAGGGAGUAAAUAAAGUAAGAUCCUCCUCUCGGUUUAAAACACCUGAAUGAAUAAUGGAUCGGCAGAUGCUUGUAAGAGCACUCGCUCAGGGCCUCCCCACAGACUGACGGCGCGGGAAGGAAAGAGCCUCAUCCAUUAUUGAGUUGUUCUGUUUGUGGGUUGAUGGCAGUGGGGCGUAACGCUGCCCUGGAAACAUGCAGGGAGAGUCGCCCCUUAACAUCACUGGCCUACAAAAACAGAUCCUGCGUGGAGCCAAGCAGCAGGCGGAGGAAGAGUCCAAUCAGAGACGUUUGGAGCUUUGCUUUCUACAGAAACUCAUUCGCCCUGAGCUCCACGGUCACGAUCAGGUGGACCCAGAGUUUAGAACAACGCCGUGUUCAGACCAAAAGUGGAGCAAGUUUCACAUGUCAUGAAAGUCAACGAAAGACCCGAGACGUUCAUAAAAUGUCAUCAUUCUCCAGUUUGCUAGAUUUGACCUGGGGUGAGGAAGAUUUGACCUGGGGUGAGGAAGAUUUGACCUGGGGUGACCUGGUGGGAGGAAGAUUUGACCUGGUGGGAGGAAGAUUUGACCUGGUGUGACCUGGUGGGAGGAUGAUUUGACCUGGUGUGAGGCUUUGUUAGAGAAACUUUUAAAGUUUAUACUCGCCUGAUUUCCUGAAACUGCCUCCAAACAAGACGAUCCAAACUCCAUUAACCCUCCUGUUAUGUUUGUUUCUUAUGGACAACAAUAAUGUUCCUGGGUCAACAUGACCCGGGGCAUGAUUCAAAAUGAUUCAAAAGUGUCAGAACCCCAAAAAAUCCCAAUAAACAUUUUUAAAAUCUCAUUAUUAACCAUUUAAAUCAACAUUUAGUGCGUUGGUGUUCUUUAGUUCUCACAGUUCAUAGUUCAAAGAGGAUAACUCACUCUUUUUAUGAAAAUGAAUGUUAAAACCUUUUUUAAAUGUACAUUGGAAAGUGGUUGAGGUGAAAUAUGUCACACAGUUGCAAAGAGACAUUUAGUAUUGAACAAUUCUGACCCCCUUUUAAUAAUAAUAAUAAUAAUAAUAAUAAUAAUAAUAAUAAUAAUAAUAAUUUUAUUUGUAGAGCUCUUUUUAAAACCAGGUUACAAAGUUUCCUACAUGGGCAGCCAAAUAAAACAGUCAGAUCAUAAAAACACACAAGUCAAGAUAAAGAAAUAAAACAUAUUUUAAAGACAUAAAAUUCCCCUAAAAGAACUCUAAAGGAAUCAAAUUAUUUAAACUAUUUAAGACGGUUAAAAUAAAAUGAAGUCAAAUAAAAUUCAGAUAAAAUCCAGGAAGGCUCUGUGAUAAAAGUCUGUUUUAAGAAGGGACUUAAAAGAGCAGCAGACCUGAUCUCCUCCUUUUUUAGCCUCCACUUUGACUGCCGGGUCAAAUUGACCCACGAACAGUAUCUCUGUAAUAUAAACAUGCAGGGGGGGUGCAAAGGUGGGAAAUGAACCAUUUUCAUUUUCUAUGUUGUUCAUGCUGAUUAAUCCAAGCAGAAGAAGUUUCAGAGUGAACAAAUACUUUUAACAUUUAAAAAAAUAAAUGUAACUUUAAAAUGGGUCACUUUGACCCGCAACAUAACAGAAAGGUUAAAAAUCCAACAUUGUUCCACUCGUCGUGAAACUGGUUCAAGUGACAAACCAAGAACAUGAAGGCAGUCUGAAGAAGUGAAACAUAUCACAGGAAGCUCAGCCUCUGUGUUGAAUCUUAAUAACCCGGGUGAAUCUGUGUCUCAUCAUGUACUCAGAAUAUUCAGGGAGUGUUUGUAAGAUUCAGACCCGAGGUCACACCCUCAGGAGUGAAUGUGAAAAGUUGCUCCGCUUCUGAUCCGGACUCGGCUUAACGCCGACAUCAAACCUGAAUCCACAGCAGCUCCGAUGAACUGUGCAUGACGACAGAUGCUCCUACUGGGUCAAGGAUCCAAAUAAAUCCCCUCAAGGGUAUCUCAGCCGGCCCCCCCAGGGGGGUUUAUUUACCACAGCAUUGACAGGGGGACUAAAUUUAUCCCUCUAUUUCAGGGCCGGUCUAUCUCUGCUCCUGUGAAACCCUACGCCUAAUUACCGUGUCAAACAUCAACUCACAAUGUCAAGUGUGCUGUCACCGUGCAAAGCCCAGAGCCUGCCCCCUUCUGCACGGAGCGGCGGCUGCUGCUGCUGCUGGCGUUGAUGAUGCAGUCAGGGUUUGUUUAACCACGCCAAAUAAAGACGUGAUGCUGACGGAGGAGUCGACUUGUCUUUGAAAGAGAAGACGGACUCGUGGUUGGAAAGUGUCGUCCACGCAGCCGAGCUCAGUGUUUCUGAAGAAUGUAUCCGUACGACUGUCCCCGCUGAACUAUAUCCCAGAGUCUGUGCAGACAGAGUGUAUGUAUAUAUGUCUGAGAGUAGGUGUAGCUAACAUAUACUGUACACACCAAUGUGUUUCUAUAUCAUUGUUAUUACUGUUAGCGUAGAGGGGUUCAGGUCAGUAUUCUUCACCGUGCAGAGACGCUCCGGUCGCCCUCUGAGGACCGUCCUCCACCAAGUCUCUCAGAUUAUUUCAACACGAACAAUCAAGUUUAUUUAGGAACUACGGAAGAGGAUUAGGACCACUAAAAAAAUAUAUAAAUUAAGGUCCAAUAUCUUUUUUAUUAUUAUUAUUAUGAGAAAGAGUCAGAAUUCUGACCUUAAUCUAAGAAUUCUGACCUUAAUCUAAGAAUUCUGACUUUAUUCUCAGAAUUCUGACUUUAAUCUCAGAAUUCUGACUUUAAUCUCAGAAUUCUGACUUUAAUCUCAGAAUUCGGACUUUAAUCUCAGAAUUCGGACUUUAUUCUCAGAAUUCUGACUUUAUUCUCAGAAUUCUGACUUUAAUCUCAGAAUUCUGACCUUAAUCUAAGAAUUCUGACCUUAAUCUAAGAAUUCUGACCUUAAUCUAAGAAUUCUGACCUUAAUCUCAGAAUUCUGACCUUAAUCUAAGAAUUCUGCCUUUAAUCUGAGAAUUCUGACUUUAAUCUGAGAAUUCUGACUUUAAUCUCAUUCUGACUUUAAUCUCAGAAUAAUGAUUUUUUUAAAUAUCUUGCACCCUUUGUUUUUUUCAGUGGCCCUAAUCCUAAUCCCAUCAGUAACUUCUCUCUGUAUCUCUGUAAAGACUGGAGUUCUGUCGAACUAGAGAAGCCGACAGAAACACCCCCGUCUGCUGUGCAGACCGGCAGACCGGCAGACCGGCAGACCAAACAUCUGAACUGAGAUUUAGUCAAGAUUUUAAAAAGCUGGAUCAGGCUUGACAUGACGAUGUAAUCUCAAUCCAAACUACCACUGACUUAAUCUCAGAGAUUAUAACGCCUGAAUGAUCCUCCUGAUCUCGAUGUGAUCUGAGUCAGACGUCGGUGGAAAGCGGUCUUGCGUCCUGCUGACGUACAGAGCAGGUGAGAGGGAGACGGGUGAGACGCUCUGCUGGUUCGUACUGAGCUCCACUUUAGAGUCCGGCUUUGACGCCUUUAGACUCUGGUUCCCUUUAAGAAACCCUGAGCCGCCCCUCUUUGUACCCGGGCUCCUUGGAAACACAGAAGAUGUCCGGUGCAUCCUCACACUCUCAUCCUCCAGUUUCAGUCGCUCGUGCAUCGUGAGGUGUGUUCGAACGAGAGGAACUUUAAAACAGUCGGAGGACACGUCUCUUCAUCGUGUGAAUCCUCAGAAACACCUCAGAGUUAUUACGGUUCUCCUGAGGGAGUUCAGAAGGACCACUUUCAGCUCUGACUUCAGAUCACGUAAGGACGAUGUAAGAAUGAUGUAAGGAUGACGCCGUUUACAUCCCAGUAAGAACUUCUCACCAGAACGCUAAGAACGCUUUUAAAACAAAACACCACUAAUCAAAACUUCAUGAUAAUAGGAGUCACCUUGUUGGCAGCUCAAGAUUGAAUUGAACCUGCAAUUCAACAAGUGGCCACAAGGCAAAACCAGAGCUAGUCUCAUGAGCAGCGUUUAAAUACAAUACGAUGAAUCCAGAUUCAGAAACCUGAAGAUAUGCGAUCUAAAAUCUUGUUCCUUUUUUUAAAGAAUAACUGGAUUAGAUCAACCUGACCCUGAUACAGACCUACAAAGACUAACAAACAGUGCUUUAAAUGAGACUACACAAUACAUACUUUGUCCACAGGGGGCGCCAAAGGUCACACACAAUAAUGAAAGCUCCCAACACUUUUAACUUAAUAUUUUGUGUGAUAUUUAUAGAUAUAUUUGAUGAAACACUUCGCUCUAUCUCUACCUGUAUUAAUAGAAAUAUAAAGUAUGUCUAAAGGAGCUCCGUCAUUUAAAGGGUUUAAUCCCGGUUUGGUCCUGUAAUCCAGACUUCUGAUGGGAUUAGGAUGUUCCUGUUCUUUCAAAUUCAUCUACACAAAUUUAGAGUUCAAUAUGGAUCAAAAUUAAAACUGGAUCACCUGAUGUAAUCUUCAUAAUCCUGUUUUACUGUAAUGAGACACGGCCCAGAUUCUAGUUCUAAACGUAAUAAUAAUAUAAUGCUGAUUAUAAUCCAUGGUGCCCCAGAGACCGAGUAAAACUUGAGAGGCGUAAAGACCCCGAUGAUCGGAGGCUUGUUGUAACCGUGACUAUCUUACUGCUCCAGACCGAGUUGGAACCUCCCUGGUCCGGGAUCAUUAACAUCAGACAUGUUCAGUAUUUAGGAUCUCAGGUCGGACCGCCUCAGACAGUAACCGAUGUUACAGCUCACGUUCCAUCAAGCUGUUUCGUGUCCGUGGAAACGUCACCACUAAUUAAACAUGUGGUCUUAAGGACUUGUUUAUUGUUUUCAGAGGACUGUGAUGUUGAAAAUCAGUCUGAACUGUCCUCAUGUGUGUGCUCUCCAAAGAUUUAAAAAUCAGUUAACCCUCCUGUUAUGUUGCGGGUCAAAUUGACCCCUUUGAAACUCUAUUAUAGGCAGUAUGCCUCCAAACCAGCUAAAUGCUGCAUGAAAAUCUGAGCAGCAUGUGUUAAUUUAUCAACAUCACUUCAUAAAGAUAAAAAAAAUUAAAUUUAAAAUAAAAUAAACAAAAUCUAUGUCAUGUAAAACUAUUGUAUUUAUAUUUAGGGCUUUCUAAUGUACAUUAAAACAAGUUUUAACAUUAAUUAAAAUGAAGAUGAGUGAGUUCUCCUCAUUGAACCAUGAUCUGAGAGAAUCAAAGAACACCAAUGGACUAAAUCUGGAUUUAAAUGUUUAAUAAUGGAGUUAAAAAUUAGAUUAAAAAAAAUGUGUAUUGGGAUUUUUUGGGGUUCUGACACUUUUGGGUAAUUGAAUAAGCCCCGGGUCAAAUUGACCCAGGAACAUUAAUGCUGUUCCUGAGAAACAAACAUAACAGGAGGGUUAAAAUCUGGAUCUCUAAAUCUAAAAUCGUUGUGUGUGUGUGUGGGGAGGCGAUCAGCUGAAAACACCAGUCAGUUUAGUGAUUUGAUAAACUUGUGUUACAGAUCGUUUACUUUAAAGUUGGACCAGAACGAAAGGAAAGGGAGUAAAAGUGAAAGUUUGAAUCUAGUCUUCUACCUCCGUCCUCUAACCUGGAGGAGUUGAGUUCUCACACCUCCCACCGGUUUACGUGGUUUAAGGUUCCUGUCGAGGUUUUGAACACACCUCCUGUUAUCCACUGUGAUAGUUUCUGUUUCAAUAUUACACCAAUCACAAUCCCUCCUUCACACGCGCUCACUUUAAACACCUCGUUCACUGUGAGGAUGUCAGGAGAUAAAAACAUCCUCACCUUCAUUCUGCUCCGACGUGGCGCCCGGGUACAAAGAGAAGUCCACGGUUAAAGAGUGCAUGUUUACAGUAACUCUACAUUUAUGAAAAGAAUGGUUUUAGACAGAGAUAUUAAUAAGUGUACAUAUCUGUUUAUAAUAUUUUAACUUACAUCACCGCAUGCCUGCUGUAACAAAAGGAGAGUGAACAAAGAGGAGCGUGUGACUCAGCUUUCUUUGCUUAAUAACUCCAUUUAUCUGAUAUAUUUAUUAUCAUCAUUAUUAUUAUUAUUUGUUGUGGUUUUAUUGCUUUCUUUUUCCAGCAGCAUGUUUAUGAUCAUGUAAAAAGAAGAAGCUGUGUUCAAACAGAAAGUGGAGCGCUGAGAUGAAGUUUCUGUCAUUACUGAUAGAUUAGUGAUUCAUUGUUGGACUGCAGCAGCCUCGUGAAAGCCCACACAGAGGCUGUCUGAGUGAAUAACCAAUGAGUGCAACAAAUCAUCUCUAUUCCUGUCCUUUGAAGCAAUCAAUGGCCUUAACGAAUACAUUGAUGUGCUCCGUGCUCACAGCUCCACACAGCUCCAACAGAGCGCAGAGAGAAGAAGAAGAAAUCAUCAAGGUGCACGCUGAUGGAGCGUUAGCUUCAACACUUUUAACUUUAUUAUUCAAAAGAGAUGAUCUCCAGAAUCAGUCCGCACAGAAACAGAUGAUUGGAUCGAUCCAUGGCGGCGCGCCUCAGCCAUCAUCCUAACCUUCAGUUACUGAAGCUGAUGUCGCUGAUGGAACCGGCUGCUGCUGAGCCGGACUGUAAUUGCAAAUUAAGGAAGUGAUACUCGUCUCUUCAUCUGUAUCUGCAGUUUCCUGAAGCAAGCUGUUGCUUUGAUAAGAUAAGGCAACAAAACCCAUGAGAAGAAACUUCAACCAACAGCGUGUUCCUCCGUGUGGUGAUGCUGGGGCUGUUAAAGAAGCUGAACCAGCUCCUCUUUAAAAACAUUAAAACUUAUGUUUUAUGUUUCCUGAUAGAGGCUUUGUUAUUUUUUUUUAGCAGCUGGGAACUUUUUAUUUUAGCUAACAUAAAUACAAGUGAUGGGCAUAUGGCAGGGACUACUUUCAGCUGCGGAUGGAUACACUUAUCAGGUACUUCUGAAAACAGGACUUUGUAUUUGGUUUAAUUUAAAAUGAGCGUGUGUGAGGCCUUUGCUUCAGCGCUGCUCUUAGUUUUGGACGACACACUCGUUGGUCGAGUUAUUUUCAUGGGUUUUGUCCAAGAUAAGAAAAGAACAGAAAAUCACCAGCCUUAUCUUUUGUGUUCUUUUGCUCCUGUUAAGUUAUUUAAUGAAUGACUGGUUGUCAAAGCAUUCAACAGACACAUGUAGAUCAUCAGGUUACAUAAAACUCAAAUAAAACACUCAAAUGAA